UCACUCAACAAGUUCAGCACUACAUUGUUCAAAAAAAAAAAAAAAAAAAAACAAGUUCAGCACUACAUCCUUGCGCCGUUAGGGACCUAGGGUUUGAAGGUUGAAACUUUCAAUUUCAUCCACUAUCCAAUCUCCAGCCGUUCUCUCUCAGUCUCACUGCCUUUCUCCGCCUUUCGUCGCCUUUCGCCUCCUUCGUUCUCCAGCCGUUCUCUCUCACUGCGUCACCGCCUUUGGAUUCUCGGUUUCAGAGAAUGGUAUUCCCUUUUAACCACUUCCGUCAAGCUGUCCAUGAGAGAGAAGGUGUGCCAUAUAUUGCUGCAAACAUGGAGGGAAAAAGCGAAAGUCAAAGAACACUAUAGUUAUGGAGUUACUUGGAAAAUGAUCCAUGAACAUUCUCUUUUGAUCUUUAUGUUUCCUUCAGGCUCAUAUUUCACUUGGGACCAGUUGCGACAUUUUGGCUUUCAGGGACAAUUUGUAUAUCGUCAACGAUGAGAGUGUACAAUGGUUUCAAAGAGAUUCUGAACAUUCAGAAAUUUCGGAGAAUUGUGUCCUAUACAGGAUUCUACUGCUUUGUUGCGGUCGUGAGCUAUGCUUACACGAGUAACACGACGAGAGCUGGGUAUUCUAGAGCUGACCAAUACUAUGCGUCUUACCCUGCUGGAACUGAGCUCUUGACCGACACAACUAAGUUAUAUAAAGCUGCAAUUGGCAAUUGUUUCGAAGUGGAAGAGUGGGGUCCACUCGAGUUCUGCAUCAUGGCAAAACACUUUGAACGUCAAGGGAAAUCGCCAUACCAAUAUCAUGCACAAUAUAUGGCACACCUUCUCUCUCAUGGACAGCUUGACGGAAGUGGCUAAAAGGGAAUACUAUUCUCUGCAAGACGAGUGGAAAUGUCACAAGUUCAAAAUUCUCUGACGGCAAUCAAGUGAAAAAAAAUUAGUUUAGUAGAUUAUUGUCUAAUGAACUUCAAUUUAUCCCUUUUUUGUUAUUUUAUAAGAAUUGCUUAUGAAUUGCCACAGUUUUAUCUCAUUAUAUGUUAUGAAAAUAAAUUAUAAGGGAUAUAGCAUGCAGUGGUUAUCUUUUUUAGGGUGA